AUGGUACGAGCAGCAAAUGAGCUCGAUCGUGCGCAGGUCAAGGCAAAAGAGCUUGCAUCACAACCGCCCGUCGAUCACAAUCACCCCGUCGGUCAAGUCAAGCGCAUCACUGUCCUCACCGCAAGCCAAUAUGAGCGCAAAGACGAAGCGAUGGCACUGCUCAAGAAGCUCGCUACUCUGGUGGCGCCUAUCAUGCGAAAGCACGAUUGGACUCUACCUACGCUUGCCGAGUUCUUUCCAGACCAAAAAAACCUACUCGGCAUGAACAUCAAUGGAGGACAGAAAAUUCUGAUCCGUUUACGUCAGCCCCAUUCGCCCAAUGCCUUCUUCGAUCUAGAGUCGCAGCUUAUCGAGACCAUGCUUCACGAACUCACACACAACGUCCAUGGGCCGCACGAUGACAAAUUCUACGCGUUUCUCGACAAGCUCAAAGACGAAUAUCAUGCAUUGCGACAAUCGGGAUACUCUGGCGAAGGAUUCCUAGGCGAUGGCAAGCGAUUGUCAGGCUCAGUCACCGUUCCGCUUUGGAAAGCCAAGGAACGCGCUCUAGCUGCAGCAGAAGCGCGUGCUGCUACCGGUCGCCUCAUGGGCGCACCGGGCGGUCAAAAGCUAGGCGGCGCUCAGAGACCCUACAAGCCUCUCAAUGAGAUACUCGCAGAAGCUGCAGAAAGACGAUUGAGAGACAAGGUCGCUUGCGGCCAUGGCGAUAUGACUGAAGAAGACAUGAAGCGAGUCGAAGCGCAAGCCAGUGCCGAAUCUGAGGUGAUCUGGAUCGAGCCUCCCACUGCCCGUGAGGCUGCAGAGACUAGAGUCGAACAGAGGACGGCAGACGCCAUAUUGCUGUCCAGUGAUGACGAAGCCGAGCCGGCGCCUUCCGUAUCCAGCCCACCAGCUAAGCCGCCAGCAGAACGCGGCCAGUGGACUUGCGAGAAAUGUACCUUCAUCAAUCCGCCCUCAGCGAAAUGCGAAAUAUGCGAUGCUCCAGGCCCGCCUACCCUUCUGCCCGGGAAAAGCAGGUCUGCCACCCUUUCGCGACCAGUGGACCUCAAGAGAAUAGACCCAAAGAAACUCUUACCCCGCGAGCGCUUCAUACCAGUCGCGGUCAAAGAUCCGAAUAUUUAUGGGCAAGACGGCAGAUGGGCUUGUCACAUCUGCGCAGAGAUGAACCCUUCCGAGCUAUGGUGCUGCGCUGCUUGUAUGACCGUCAAACUCAAUUCAUAA